AUCCGAAAGUCCAGAUUGUGACAAUAUCUUUACUUAUCAAUUCCGUCUCCAAUUGACGGAAAUUUGAACAUAAUAACAGGACCUUAACAACAACAACAACAGUGCAUGAGUUAAGAGAUACGCAUAAACAAUACAUUCAAUUGGGCGCAAAGCAAGCAGAACAAAAGGAACAAUCAUGCAUUCCUCAGUGGUGCGCAUUCAAAAUGUCUUUGGAUUCUUCACAACAGUGGCAUUUGUCGUCGCGGCCUUGAUCGCAUGUACAGAUCUCAUUUCACCAAGGACACCUAGUGCUAAAGUUGAAGUUAAGGAUGUUCAAGUGUAUGUUCCCCAAUUUACAAAUCCCUUCUAUCCUUCCACAUUCCCGCUCCAGAUUUCCAUCCAACUUCAACUAACCCUCUCUUCCCCAGUGUAAAAGGACGUCCACACUAUUACUCUACGAAAAAAGAAGAAUACGCACAUAUUCGUUUCUCCCUCGACGCAGAUUUCUCCUCCCUCUUCAAUUGGAAUACUAAACAACUAUUCGUCUACGUAUCAGCAUCAUGGCCUUCCAAUUCUUCAGAACCGACAAUUUUAGAUAAUGAAGCUGUUAUUUGGGAUACGAUUAUUACGAAUCCAAGCGCAGAUCAUUUGCAAAAUAUUGGGCCGGCGGCAAUGAAGAAAUUGGUCAAGAGUUCUAAAGGAAAGAGUAUUGAUCCUUCGAGGUUGGUUUACCAUUUUUUGUCACUCUUCCUUCUUUUGUUCUCCCCAAAAAGUGUUCAUAGGUAUAAUAUACUAACUUGCAAUCCCUCAGAGGUAUCCUCAAACUCAAAAAUCAAAAAGCCAAAUACCAAAUUACCCAACCGAGUGGGAAACUCGCAUCAGCACAAGGAGUAGUGUUGAAGGUCCAUUAUAAUGUGCAGCCUUGGGUUGGAGCGCUUACUUGGACUCCACAGAUAGAGUUUUUCAAAUGGAGGAUGGUUAAGGGAGGUGUGAGUAAGGUAUUUGGAUUACCCGCGCUGAAGGAAAAGAAAAAGACCACGGAGGAGACGACUAGGAAAGCUGAGAAGAGGGUUUAGGUGUUGGGAGUACAAGGAUGUGGAUAGAUAAUGGUUGUUUUGGGUGGUUAUAAGUGAUAUCUUUGAGGGGUGGGUUUAUGCAUCACAUCACUAUAGAAUUGAACUGCAAGAAUGCAUAUUCAAAAAUAUACCAUGUUGGGUUUCAGCAAUGAUAUAAUAU